AUGGUGCGGAAACUCAAGCAUCAUGAAUCCCGCCUCCUGCGCAAGGUCGACCUGAUCACCUACAAAUCCGACGGCCCAUCGCACCACGAAGCCGCCGUCCGCCGCCGCUACCACCUCACCCACCCGCUCGACUACAACAAGUAUAACGCGCUUUGCGGCCGGCUACGCCAGCUCGCCCACAUGCUGGCCAACCUGGACCCGACCGACCCCUACCGCGUCGAGAUGGAGACGGUCAUGCUCGAGAAGUUGUAUCAGAUCGGGAUCCUAAAGCAGAGCCGGGGCCAGGGCGCCGGUCUGAGCGCCGUCGAGAACGAUGUCACAGUGUCGGCCUUCUGCAGACGGAGACUCGGCGUGCUCAUGGUGCGCAUCGGCAUGGUCGAGCAUGUCAGCACGGCGCACAAGUUCGUGGAGCAGGGCCAUGUGCGUGUCGGCACGGAGGUGGUGACGGACCCGGCCUUCCUCAUCUCCAGAGGCAUGGAGGACUUUGUCACCUGGGUCGAUGGCAGUAAAGUCAAGAGACAGGUUCUGCAGUAUCGCGAGAAGCUGGACGAUUUCGAUUUGUUGUGA